GGUUAAUUUGAGCCCCACCUACCUUUUUUUUUAGGAAAAAAAAACCCCUCCAAUCUGCAUCUUCUUCCUCCUCCUCAGUCCUCAAUCGGUCAAUCCUAUCGCAUUCUCAUACUCUUAAACGCUAACAACAAAAGCAGCGUCUCUUGUAAUUGGAGUUGUAUCAUAGUCGUCGCCGCCUCUGCCGACCACCUCCCCUUCUCUGGUGCUGCAAUUUUUGGAGCAAGAAUUCGGGACAUCAGACAAUUACUUAAAAGGCAAGAUUCUUGCAGACCUUAAACUGACAAAGUCUUGAAGUUCAAAAGAGUUGCCAACAGAGUUGAGCAAACUGGGGAAAUUAUUAAGGAACUCAGUGGUAUUUAUGAACGAUGAGGAUGCUAUCCAACCGCCUUGCGUCAAGCUUUUUCUCCUCCUACAAGUAUAGUUCUGAGGUAAAGUCAACUGUGAAAAUAGGAGAUGUUUUACAGCAGCGAAAAAUAUUUACUGAUGAGGAUGUUGUUGCAUAUUCCAAAGUCAGUGAUGACAUAAAUCCUCUGCACUUUGACACCGAGUGUGCUCAUAUUGCUGGAUUUCAAGAUCGACUUGUUCAUGGGAUGCUAGUUGCUUCCUUGUUUCCUCGGAUUAUUUCCUCUCAUUUUCCUGGUGCUGUUUAUGUUUCACAAAAUCUGCAAUUCAGACAACCUGUUUAUGUUGGAGAUGAGAUUGUCGGUGAAGUGCAAGCAAUGAAUAUAAGAAAUUUCAAGACAAACUAUCUUGUGAAAUUUUCGACUAGGUGUCUCAAAAAAGGUAGUCUCCUUGUGAUUGAUGGUGAAGCUACAGCGAUCCUACCUUCUUUGAUUAUGCAAUGACAAGAUGUGAAAUGAAACAACGUUUAUGUGCAUUGUCUCGACUUUUUUUUUUGUGUGUGUUACCACCUGGUUUACCCUUAUGGCUAAUCCGGAUUCAGGGUGAGUUUUCGGUGGAACAUGAACAUCAUCUCAAACUCAAGCACACAAGUGGAAUGCAACAAAUAAAGAUAGCUGGAACAAGAAAGAGACUUCUUCGGCUAAGAAGUCAUGGUCCUACAAAACUUUAAGAGACAGAGCAAUCGGCCCUACCAUGGCGAGGUUAAGAGCACAAAAUGGUGCAUGAACGAACCCAUGCAAUAUUCACCAUCAAAUUUUGAAACCCCAGCCUCGAACAAUGAGCAUUGAACCUCUGGUCAUUCGCCACAAUAUUUUGGUUCUUUUUUUCAGGCAUGUAUAGCCUCUUUGCAGUUGUCAGUUAUGCCUGUUCUGUGCACUUAGUUUCGUGGCUUUUUAACUUGUAUUUUGGUUACAUACUAAAAAUUUCGUGGUUAUGUUUAACUUGCAUCAAUGUUAUGUACAGCUAACAGACUUUGUUGCAGAA